AUGACCUGGCAAGAGACUGAUGAGAAAGGCGUCUUCUCGCGCCCGAUUGGCGAGAAUGAAACCUACAUCAAGCUCCUAGGCGAUACCGGCCUGCCGCUCAACCGCGAGCAAUGGGCCAUCAACUCCACGGCCACCAUCGUUCCCACCGGGUCCUUCGCAUCCACCGACCUGGCAGCUCAUUUCCGCCGCGCCUGGAUGCACCAGCGUUUCCAGCACCCGAGCCUUGCAGCCGAGGUAGCUCCCGACGACACGCACUUCAUCUACACCCGUCGCCGCCGACGCCGACUCCUCCGCGGACGUGAUCCCGACCUUCCAGCCGACGCCCUACGCGAAGCUGGUCUACAUCCCGCGGUCCGGGGAGCUGCUCGCCACACGGCGCACUGGCGCACCGACGGGAUGGGCGUCCUCCUCUUGCUGGACGCCUUCCUCUCCCUCGCGUCCGGGCCGGCGCCGCUCGCUGACCCGGCCUCACUUGCCUGGGGAACCGAGAUCGCGCGUCUCGCGCCCGCCAUCGAAGACGCCGCCGCCGUGCCCAAAGAAUCCACGCCGGAGCUGAAGGAGCGCGGCGCCGCCCUCGUGAACGCGUUUUCCCAUGUUGUCGGCGCGGUGGGGAUCCCGUAUCUGGGUGAUGCAGCCACGCUGCCAGCCGGGACGCGCAGCGCUGCUCUCGUGCUCAGCCCGGAGACUACGGAGAAGAUCGUGGCGGCCUGUAAGGCGCGAGGCGUCAGUGUGACUGUUGCGGUGCACGCGAGUGUUGCUGCUGCUAACUACGUGCUCGCCGACGCGGCGGCUAGGGACAGGCACUACACUAGCACCGUGCGCUUCGCGCUGCGGCCGUACCUGCCCGAGCCCUACUCCACGCCCGCCUUUGCCGCGGCCCUGUAUACGACUGGUUGGAUGAAGCGCGUUGAGGCCGGAGCGUCCUGGGCGGAGCAUCUCCAGAGCUACCGGGACGAGUACCGGAAGGGUAUCACACGGGAUUACCUCGAUUCGCACCGCGAGUACGCGGCGCAGUUGGGCGAGCUGCUGCGCAACCUGUCGCAGAGCGGAGGGGACCAGCCGCCGCCCAGUGAUGUCGACAUCAGCAGUAUCGGUAACGCGGAGAAAAUAAUUAGACGAUCGUAUGGUACCUCGGAGGCCGGGUUCGAAGUCAAGGCGGUUAGUGUCGGGGUUGAGAUGCUCUCUCGACAGGCCGCGACCUUCGUCUGGACCUUUCGUGAUCAGUUGAACCUCAGCGCCGUCUACAACGAGUCGUUUCACUCGGCCGAGCAGAUGAACCAGUUUGUGAGCACGGCCAAGGCGAAGCUGCUUGAGGGGCUAGGUGUGCAGGACUCUUAG